CUCAUGGCUUUAAGGGAGUUGUUGCUAUCUCUCAGCCUUCACUGCUGGCUGGCUUCGUGUGCCAGUUUAAGUGAGGAAGGCCCUGCUGGACCCCUGGACUGGCUCCUCUCUGACAAGGGCCCCUUCCAUCACUCCCAGGAGUAUACGGACUUUGUGGAGAGAAACCGCCAGGGCUUUUCUACCCGCUACAAGAUAUACAGGGAGUUUGGACGCUGGAAAGUGAACAACCUGGCUGUGGAGCGGAGGGAUUUCCUCGACUCCCCCUUACCCCUCAUGCCUGAGUUCAUCCGCAACAUCCGACUCCUUGGACGCAGACCCUCUGCAAAGCUAAUUACAGAGAACCUUAUUAAAAAAUAUGGGACUCAUUUUCUCCUGUCGGCCACGUUAGGAGGUGAAGAGGCUCUAACCAUAUUUGUAGACAAAAGGAAGCUUAGCAAGAAAGCUGAAGUGAGCGACUACAUGAGCAACAAUACAGCUGUGACUCUGGAGGCACUCCAUCAGCUGGCUGCCUCCUACUUCAUAGACAGAGAGAGCACACUGCGCAAACUGCACCACCUCCAGAUCGCGUCCACUGCCAUCAAGGUAACUGAAACAAGGACUGGCCCUCUUGGAUGCAGUAACUAUGACAACCUUGAUUCUGUCAGUUCGGUUUUAGUUCAAAGUCCUGAAAACAAAGUCCACUUACAAGGUUUGCAGGUCAUCCUGCCAGACUACCUCAGACAUACAUUUGUCCAGGCAGCUCUUGGCUACAUUGCCUGCAAUGGAGAAGGUGACUUUGUAUGCCAGAACAAUGACUGCUGGUGCAAGUGUGACCCAAAGUUCCCAGAAUGUAACUGUCCCUACAUGGAUAUUCAAGCCAUGCAAGAGAGCCUUCUUCGAAUCUCUGAAUCCUGGGAAUUCCUUUCCAAAGAAUUCAAGGAAUCAGAUGAGUUCAAGGCAUUCCUGAUGAGGCUGCCUCAGAACAUCUACCUCAAUACCUCUGCUAUCCACCACUUAUGGCUGCUGGAUGGUAUGUUUCAGCGGCGCUAUGAGCUGCUCGAGAACAGCAUGAAAAGUCUGUUCAGGAGGGCCCAGCGAGUUGUCUACAAGCUCUUCAGUCUGAGCAAGAGGUGUCAAAAGCAGCCCCUGAUCAACUUACCACGUGAAAGGCCACGGUCAUACUGGCUGAACUAUUUCCAGUCAUUACUCUACUGCUCGGAGAACAACCAGCUGGGCUUUUUCUCAGAGGAACUGCACACCUGCAUUUGUGCAUAUGACCAAUACUCCUGCCAGGCACCCACUCCAUGUUCUGUAGGAGAGGGUUCAGCUUGUGCAUCCUGUGCCAGUGACAACUACACUCGAUGUGGUAGCUGCAACACCGGCUACAUGCUAAGUCAAGGAUCUUGUCGGCCUAUGGUGGCUGAUUCCACUGACAACUACCUGGGUUUUGAGACUGACUUGCAGGACUUAGAGUUACGGUACCUGCUGCAGAGGGCUGACCGUCGCUUAGAGGUCCAUGCUAUCUUCAUUAGCAAUGAUAUGCGUCUUAACAGCUGGUUCGACCCUUCAUGGAGGAAGAGAAUGCUGCUCACACUAAAGAGCAACAAGUACAAAUCCAAUCUGGUGCACAUGCUCCUGGGGAUCUCCCUCCAGAUUUGCCUUACUAAGAACAGCACCCUGGAACCUGCCCUUACCCUUUUCAUCAAUCCUUUUGGUGGGAGCCACUCAGAGAGUUGGUUGAUACCUGUAAAUGAGAACAAAUUCCCAAAUUGGCAGUCCACUAAGCUGGACCUUCCACUUGAGUGUUUUAACUGGACCCUGACUUUGGGCAACAAGUGGAAGACUUUCUUUGAGACAAUUCACAUUUAUCUGAGGAGUCACAUUAAAACAUUAGGUCCUACUGCCAACGAGAGUGUUUACUUGGAACCUUUGGAAAUGUCAGACCCUUCUAGAAACUUGGGCUACAUGAAAAUCAACAGCAUACAAGUUUUUGGUUACAGUAUGCAUUUCAACCCGGAGGCAAUCCGGGACUUGAUCCUGCAGCUGGACUAUCCAUAUACACAGGGCUCACAAGAUUCUGCCCUGAUGCAGCUGCUAGAGAUCCGAGAUCGUGUUAACCGACUGUCUCCACCAGGCCAGCAGCCUCUGGACCUGUUCUCUUGCUUACUGCGCCAUCGCCUCAAACUCACAGUAAAUGAAGUGGCGCGCAUCCAUUCUUCACUCCAGGCCUUCAGUGCCCGACUCCCAAACCCUCUUGAUUAUGAGACAACCAAACUUUGUAGCUAA